UAACCCUUUUUUUUCAAUACUUGUAUGUAACGUUUUUGCGACAAUUGAAAGAAAAACCAGGUAAGAAUGGAGUAAGAACAGCAAGAGAAAGUUUAUCAAUUUAAUUGAAAUUAGGGUGAUAGAUCUGCUCUUUGGUUUACGUGUUCUUCCAUACUGAAAGAGCUUCAUUUUCAUCUCAAUAUAAUUCACGGAGCAAGUUAACUGGAAUGAAACGAUUACGAGACGACGUUCAUCUAAACUCGCAAUUUAAGCGGCCGUUUACUUCUUCUCGUGGAGAAUCCUAUGGACCGCCUCAGGUUCCUGGUGUUACUGCUGGCGGUGGAGGAAGUGUAAUAAGUGGAGGUGGUGGAGAUGCACAGAAGCUGACGACAAAUGAUGCUUUAACUUAUCUGAAAGAAGUUAAAGAAAUGUUUCAGGAUCGGAGAGAAAAAUACGACAAUUUUCUUGAUGUCAUGAAAGAUUUCAAGGCUCAAAGAAUCGACACUACUGGUGUCAUAUCGAGGGUGAAGGAGCUGUUCAAGGGGCACAACAAUCUAAUCUUUGGGUUCAACACUUUCCUACCCAAAGGUUAUGAGAUCACUGUUAUUGAAGAGGAAGAGGCUCCUCCAAAAAGAACCGUUGAGUUUGAAGAAGCUAUAAGUUUUGUGAACAAGAUAAAGAAACGCUUCCUAGAUGAUGAUCAUAUCUAUAAAUCAUUUCUGGACAUCUUGAAUAUGUAUAGGAAGGAACACAAAGGCAUCAGCGAGGUCUAUCAAGAGGUCGCAACUCUUUUUGCAGAUCAACAUGAUUUGCUUGAGGAGUUCACUAGAUUUUUACCUGAUACUUCAGCUAGAACUUCAGUAUCCCAUGUUACUUUUGGACGACCUUCUUUUCAUCGUUAUGAUGAACGUAGCUCUGCUAUUAUAGCGCCACACCAUGCUCUAAUUGAUAAGCAACGUCGGAGGGAUAGGAUUAAUUCUCACACUGAUCAAGACCCAAGUGUUGAGCGCAUUGAUUAUGAUGACGAUAAAUCAAUGGUACAAAUGCAAAAGGAUCCAAAGAAGCGAGUCGAAAAGGAGAGCAAGGAGAGAAGGAACCGUGAACAGGAUUUUAGAGAACCUGAGCAUGACAUCAAUAGGGAGUUCAGCAUGCAACGGCUACAUGAAAAAAGGAAGUCUACUAGGACGGUUGAAGACUUCGGUGCAAGUUCCAUCAUGGCUUCUUGUGAUGAUAAACAUGCCUUAAGAAGAAUGUACAAAGAAGAGUUCAUUUUCUGUGACAAAGUGAAGGAAAGGUUGGGUAGUUCAGAUGAUUACCAAGCCUUCUUGAAGUGUCUUCAUAUUUAUAGCACUGAAAUAAUUACUAGAAAGGAACUGCAGAGUUUGGUAUCAGAUUUACUUGGAAAAUAUCCAGACCUUAUGGCUGGAUUCAAUGAAUUCUUGGAACACUGUGAAAAUAUAGAUGGAUUUCUUGCAGGUGUUAUGAAAAAAAAAUCUGUAUGGAAUGAUGGAAAUUCGACCAAGCCUGUUAAGAUAGAGGACAAGGAUAAGGACCAGAAGCAUGAAAUAAUAGAGCUAAAGGAGAAGGAGAGACACAAGGAGAAAUACUUGGGCAAGUCCAUACAAGAACUUGACCUAUCUAACUGUCAACGAUGCACUCCUAGCUAUCGGCUUCUACCAGAUGAUUAUCCGAUAUCUUUAGCAAGCCAAAAAUCAGAACUUGGUGCACAAGUGUUAAAUGACCAUUGGGUCUCUGUAACAUCAGGGAGUGAAGACUACUCAUUUAAGCACAUGCGCAGGAAUCAGUAUGAAGAAAGCCUAUUCAGAUGUGAGGAUGACAGAUUUGAGUUGGAUAUGUUGCUGGAAUCAGUGAGCUCAGCUUCUAAGCGAGCAGAAGAACUAUUGGAUGGCCUUAAUGACAAUAGUAUUAGCUUAGAGGGUCCAAUCCAUGUUGAAGACUAUUUUACAGUCCUCAAUUUAAGGAGUAUUGAACGCCUUUAUGGUGACCACGGUCUGGAUGUUAUGGAGAUUUUAAAGAAGAACCCUUCUGUUGCACUACCUGUUAUAUUAACUCGCCUAAAGCAGAAGCAAGAAGAGUGGUCGAAGGGUCGCAAUGAUUUCAACAAGGUUUGGGCUGAUAUUUAUGCAAAGAACCACUAUAAGUCACUUGAUCACCGUAGCUUCUACUUCAAGCAGCAAGAUUCAAAGAACUUGAGCACAAAAACCUUUGUUGCUGAAAUCAAAGAAAUUAAAGAGAAGACACAAAGAGUUGAUGAUGUGGUUCUAUCUAUUUCUGCUGGAAGUAGACAUCUUAUCAUCCCGAAUCUUGAAUACGAAUAUGCCGAUGCUGACAUUCACGAGGACUUGUAUAAACUGGUAAAAUACUCAUGUGAAGAAGUUUGCUCAACAAAAGAGCAGUUGAGUAAAGUUAUGAAUCUUUGGACUAGCUUCUUGGAGCCAAUGCUGGGUGUCUCCUCACGGUCACAUGGAAUGGUGGAGGGUGGCGCUGAAGAUGGUGGUACAGCUAGGCAUCUUUCUGUGAGAACUGGUAAAUCAGUUGCAGGUGAUAACAACGAGACUUCAGUUGCAGGUGAUAACAACGAGACUUCAGUUGCAGAAGCUUCAUUGCUGAACUCCAAGCAAUCAAAGCCCAUCAGCAAUGAAUCUGAUUGCAACUUGCCAUUGCCAGCACCAUCAUGCAAAACAAAUACAGAAAAUGGGGUUGUCCUAAGCAAUCAAGAGGGUUAUGUUGAAAAAGGGAAGAAUAAUAUCUCGGGUAAAUUAGAAGAGCUUGUUGUUACAGCAAGUUCGAUUGAGCAUUUGACAAAUUCAAAUACUGCAUUAGCUUUUGGAGCUGACAAUAAGUGUGACAUAACUAGUACUGAUAUGGUGUCAGGAGGAACUCCUUUACCCAGUGAAUCUAUUGUUGAGGACAACCAAGGAAAAUCAGAUGUUAAUGAGGAUGGCAAUCGACUUAGAGCAGAUACAUUGGAGAAUGGGGAGUGCAAUAAAGUCAACGGAUAUCAGAAGGAAUCUGUUGAGUGUUCUAAAAUUGAGAAAGAAGAGGGGGAGCUGUCACCAAAUGAUGAUUUUGAGGAGGAUAAUUUUGUCUACGGAAAUGGUGAUGAGACGUGUUGCCAGAGCGCUGGUGUGGAAAAUGAUGUAGAUGCAGAUGAAGAUGACAGUGAAAAUGUUUCUGAGGGUGAUGAUGUUUCAGGCAGCGAAUCCGCCGCUGAUGAGUGUUCACAGGAGGGGCAUGAAGAAGGAGGGGAGCAUGAUGCCAAGGUUGAGAGCGAAGGUGAGGCUGAGGGAGCACCUGAUGUUCACUUUGGUGGGGCAGAUGGAAUUUCACAGUCUAUGACAGAUAAUCUUUUGCGGACUGUGAAGCCAUUAGCAAAGCAUGUUGUCUUGACGGUACCUGACAAAGAAAAGAAGGAAUCCUGGGUUUUCUUUGGAAAUGACACUUUUUAUGCGCUUUUUAGGCUUCAUCAGAUAUUGUAUGAAAGAUUACAAUCAGCCAAGUUGAAUUCAGCAGCUGCUGAAGCUAAGUGGAAGAUUAGCUCAAAGGAUGUUAGCCCACCAGAUAUCUAUGGCAGAUUUAUGAGUGCCUUACAUAAUUUGCUUGAUGGAUCUGCUGACAAUGCUAAGUUCGAGGAUGAUUGCCGAUCUAUUAUUGGGAAUCAAUCUUAUGAACUUUUUACCAUGGAUAAAUUGAUAUAUAAGCUGGUGAAACAGCUGCAAAUGGCUGCAACUGAUGAAACCGAUAUCAAGCUUCUCGAGUUGCAUGAGUAUGAAAAAUGUAGGAUGGGUGGGCGUUAUGUUGAUUCGGUAUACUAUGACAAUGUACAUGUUAUUCUUCAUGAUGAGAAUAUAUACCGGUUUGAAAGUUGUCAUUUAUCAACAACACCAACGCGUCUAUCAAUUCAGUUGAUGGAUGAUGAAAGUGACAAGGCAGAUGUAGUUGCUGUGUCUGUGGAUCCUAUUUUUUCCAAUUAUCUGCACAAAAAAUUUCUGUCAGUCUCUUCUUCUUCUUCCAAAAAGGAACCAACAGGCAUCUAUCUCCAAAGAAAUAAGCGCAAAAAUGAACAUGUGAAUGAAUCUUCUUCAGACGUGGAUGGUGGUGUUCGUGUUCUGAAUGGUUUGGAGUGUAAAAUGGCUUGCAACUCAUCCAAGAUCUCUUAUGUCCUGGACACAGAAGAUUUCUUCAUCAGGCCAAAAAGGCGAAAAGAUUUGGCAACAAGUGAGCGGUAUUCUUCCCAGGAUCAGCAGAGAGUAAACAACUUUCAGAAGUUUUUAUCCGCCUUGACAACACAACACAUUUCUGAAAGGCAAGAUUGAGUUGAUGGUGCUGUGAAGGAAGGAGGCACAAAGGGGGUAUUGGAAGUGAUUUGGUGCUGUAUGUAAAUAAUAAAUUAAAUAGCUUCAUGUUGGUUCUUCAGAGAUUAAUUAUAGUACUUACUUAACAGAUUAUUGUAGAAUAGUGGGUGUUAUUUUCUCUAUAUUUAUUAAUCUGUAAUGAUUGUACUAACUAGAAGUAUAAUUUGUAAUUUGUUGUUGAAAAACUAAACCUUUUUGUUAUU